AUGCUGGAACUGCCCUCCUUGCCGCUCUUCCCACUCCUGAAAGAGACGGCAGCCGAGCCGGGAAGGCUGGCCGGCACAAGGCUGACAAAGUCAUGCGACGGAGCUGUCUUCCUGGGUCUUUGCGGAGAGCUCUCGGAGCGAUGGCAAAAAGUGCUGGCGACAGCGAAUGGAGCACUGCGAUUGCUGCCACUGGAAAUUUCGUCUGCCUUGGACGGCCUGGGCUCACAACUGCUUUCAUCCCUGGGCGUGGAGCCGCCAGGAGCAGGUCGGCUGGCAGAGGCGGCCCUGGAGGUUUUAAUGAAAGCUGUCCCGGGCGCACGGCCUUCUCCACCAGCCAUUUAUGCGUCGUGGGCUGCUUUGGCGGUGUUGCGAGACCUCUGGGCCAAAGGAGACGAUAAAGGCACCGCAGCUGUCACCGACGCCCUGACCAAUCUCCGGGUCUGCGAGAGCAAGGAAGCUGCAGAAGCUCUGCUUACAACGAAAGCGCUGGGCAGCCUGCUUGUGGCGCCGGCUCUGUGCGGCGCACUGCGUCCUCCACCUUCCCUUCGCUGCAUGUCGGUUCUGGGCGUCCAUCGCCAGCUGCCGAGCGACCUGAUCGAGCGGAUCGAGGCCUUCCUGGGGGCAGAUUGUGGCGAAGGUUCGCUGCUGGCCUGCCCGUCUUCCCGGUCACUCCAGCCGUGGCCUUUAGAAGAAGGCCAGGAUGAGCCCCAGCGAUGGCUGGAGGCAUUGAAGUGGGAGGCUUUCUUCGUGGACUGCCUAGGUGCGCAGCCGCGGCGGCCUGCGGACCCUGCACAGGAGCGAGCUGCGCCGUUUCUGUCCCUGGAGAUGGGCAUCAAGAUCGGUGGAGAUGAUGCCCACAGCCUUUGGGGUUGUUUGCUGGAGGAAAAGGCAACGUCGGAACCAGUGUUUCGUUAUGCUUGCCGGCGCCUGACUAACCCUACUGACCGGGCAUGGUUUUCUGAGCUUCCUGCACGUGCCACUCGCCGGGUUCGCGAGCUCUUCUUGCACUCGGAAUACUGGCCAGUGGCCGGCGCAGCGCUGAAUGGCGUCUACCUCCGUCUGGCUCUACCGACGGGCCGCGGGUCUGAGCUGCGGCAUUGCCUUGCCGGGCUCGGGGCAAGAGCGCAGCUGGAUGUCCCAGGCCUGACAGCAGCUUUGGAGGCGCUUCUCCGAGGACAGUGCCGGCUGGCUGAGACAUUUGCCCGUGUUUACACUGUGGUGGAUACCUUGGAGACUACGUCCGGUACAGGCAAAUCUCAUAGCGAGCAGACUGAGCAAUUGCUCCGACGAUGCAUCUUCCACCCAGAAGAGGAGCGUGCAGUGAAGGCCGAGAGGUGUGUAUGGGAGCUGCCUCAGAAUGCCCUGGUGGCUCAGUGCUGUGAUCUUCUGGUCCUGGGCGAAGUGUACAAGGGUCACGGGGAGGUGCAGCUGAAGCGCUACUUUGCGGCACGGGGAGUUCCGACAGCUCCAGAUUCUGCGGAGGCGUACAUGAAAAUUCGGCAGAACCUCCUGCUUGCAGCUGAGGAGCUCGGCAAAGCUUGGCGCAGCGCGGAGGGCGAGCCGGAACUUGUCCAGGUGCCCCUGCCGGGAUCCACCAAAUCGGGCAUCUCCAAGAUGCGUGCCGCCGACUUCUUGGCGCAGAUCUGGGAAGCAUUGCUGUUUGUGUACAGAGGCAUGUCAGUCCUGGAUGAAGCAGAACGGCAUGCGCUGCAGCCUUUCUCAGAAGUUGAAGUGGCGGCGGUGAUGCCAUUACCAUGCCCAGAGGGCGGGCCGCCACAAACCUCUUCUAUGUUGGAGGUAGCACGAUACCAUGAUGGGGCACUGUUCCGAAAGCUCUCUGUUUGUGAGUGCUUCUGGGAGGUAGCACCUGACUUGGCAGACUCGCCUGCUGCUGCAUGGGCCUUAAGUGGCGUGUAUCCUCCGGAGUUGAAGAGCCUCUUCGUGGAGUCUUUGGGCGUACGUGAGGUUGUGGAUGGCGCCGCUUUGAGAGAAGGCAUCAUGCGACGCAUCAACUAUGGCAAGCGGAGCACUACAAACAGGGCAGGUGGCUUCGGCACGGGCCGCGAAGUGGAUCUUCGCCCAGGUGCUUCGGUCAACGAGCUCGGCUUGCCAGAGGAGCUCCUCCAAGGGCUUGGGGCGGCCGGUUCCGCGCCGGAGGCAUCCGAAGGCGACGCUGUGGCUGCAGCUGCGGAGGCAGUGUCACUGAUGCGCCGCCUCGGAUUUGCGCAGCGCACUGCGUCAGAUGAUGAGGGGCAAGACGGUGCCCUGGUCUCUCCGCCGCUGCCUGCCCGCUCCGUGCGCUGUGCUGCACUGCCUGGCCGGCGGCUCCGACGAGCUGGCGAGGUUCGGGCACUCUGCGCUGCAUCUGGGAGGCGUUGCUCCGUCGCCAUCUUUGAGUCCGAGCCGCCAAGCGCACGCUUCGCUGCGCUCAGCGCCGAGGGCCGCUACGAAGCUUCUCCACGUGAGUUGGAACAAUUGGCGGGAGUUCUUGUGAAUUUGGCCCAUGUUUUCGACCUUGACACUCGCUGUGUGGCCAUUGUGCAGGGUGACAACAUCGGCCUCGGAGAGAAAGGUUCAGAGUGCUCUCACACUGCCCAGCGGUCCUGGCCGCUGCUUUUCUCUGCGGGGCUGCGGCCACCCGUCGAAAGUGCAUUCUGGUACGGCGAGUUCUGCAAUGCCUUGGCUCAUCGCUCGACUGGACCGUCGCACAGCGCCCACCACACACGUGUCAUGCAAGUUCUUAUGGCCCAGUACUUCGAUGCCUUCGCGCGCAGCUUCUCGCAGGUGCAGCUCGGUCAUGCCACCCCCGCACUGCGCCGCUCACGAUCCCGACGGGCGCGCAGGCGCUCUCCGUCCUCCGACUCCCGGCGCCGGAAACGCCGCCGGGGCUGA